ACAGUCAUUUUCCCCUCGUGAAGUAAGCAUGGCGGACAGGGUAGUAACGAUGUGGUGUCUGUUAAUACUAAUGUUCUUGGUGCCAUUGGGCACAUAUUCUCUAGGAGCAGUCCCAGACGGCCUGGUUUAUACAGAAAUGCAGAAGACACUCGUUAGUGGAAGCCAAGGUGUUCUAACAUGUCGUUUCUACGGAAAACCUUGGGCAGUGUACUGGAGUAAAGGCAAAUUCGAUCCCUUGAAUCCAAUCUUUUCGAUCGUGUGGGACGAUGGUGCAAUAUCGGGUCCCCGAUAUGACGAUGGAAGUUACGACAUCGGUGAUAACUUUUCCUUAAUUCUAAAAAAUGUCUCAGCUUCAGAUGCAGGACUUGUUUAUUGUACGGUAUCUAACUACGUCGGGCAUUUGAUCGAUAACUACACUGAUGUUUCAGUUGCAAAUACUGCACUUGAAAUGAGUCCUCAUGUCACCCUGCAUAUGCGCGUAGCAUCGUAUGCCAUUCUGCGGUGUACUGUUCAUAUCAAAGCUAGAAGAGUCUCCUGGACAAAGAUAACUUCUUCUUCAGCAAACCAGAGCCUUGUUGUAAUAGAAAAUCACCAAGGUGCUACUGAAGUAAAUGGAACAGGGUACAACCAGGGCACCUACAAUAUCACCCAAGAUUACUCCUUGGUCAUCGGGGAAGUUCGGGUUCACCAUGAAGGUCUUUAUGUUUGCGAAGUGACUGACUUUGACACAGGGAUAUCUUUCAAGGAUAAGACAUUCGUCACUGUGAUUGCCCAACCCUUGGCACCAUUUCCAACUAUCCAAGAAUGCGUUUACACUGGCAAGUACAGUUCAACAAACGAAUAUUGCACUCUCGUUGCUAAAUCAAAGCUGACUCUGACAUGUGAAGCUAAUGGCUACUACCCGGCUCUACAUCUCUAUUUCCUAUAUGGAUCAAAACAAGUAGAACCACUGGAAAUUAGAGAAUUGAAUAACACUGACGGAACCAGAAAUAAAACGGUCACAAUCGCUGUAAGGGGGAGCAAAGAACUGUAUACUUGCGUAGCAUCUAACAUCCCUGGACGUUCUGAAGAUGAAUCCACAUCAGUCCUACUGCAUGAUGAACGAAAAUCCAAACCAACUGUUCUGAUAAUAUUAAUGAUUUGUAAGUUAAAAAUACUGCCUAAUUUAAAGAAUAUGUUUUUAAGUAACCACGAUAAUAUUUAGAUCUCGUUUAAAAGUCUUUUUUUUUCAAGAUUGAGGAAAAUGAAUUUAAGAUUUGCGUAACUGACAUUCGUGUAAACAUCCUAUAUAAGUUAUUUAUUAUGGGUAGGACUCCAUAAUGGGGUACAAUUAUUACGACGCAAAGCCGUGAUUGAAACAACAUGAUUCCGAAUAUAUAUACACUGUUGGUCAUAAAGGUGGAAUAUUUUUUUUCACCAAAUUUUCACAGCGUAAUUAUUACAACAUGAUUUGAAUAUGGCAUUUAUAGAGCAUGAUAACCCCUUUACUUUAUUAUUCUGCCUUUUACACACGUUUGACAGUGAUAUUUUACAAGUUUAUGUCCUAAGCGAUGGAUGUCAUGAGCAUAGAACAACAAUGACGACAAUAUACAGUA